UAAGUUCUACAACAUUCAACCUCUGAGUGAAGAAAGAAAAAUAUAACUGGAAAGUGAAAGCUUAAAAAAGAACGAAAUCAAUCAUGCUGAACAGGUCACAAAAUAGUUGUUGGACUGGUUAAUAAACAGGAAAACGUCUUUAUCUAAAAGUAAACGGGAAAAAGUGUAAAAAGACUGCCAGCAAAUCGAAGUAUUCCUUCCACGACAGCCGUCAAGGAUCCGUGAAUUGAACUAAGUUGUUGACAACUUCAAAGGUUGAAAAAAUAGAUUUUAACACGUUAUAAAAACAAAGGGAAUUAAGAAAUCAAAUUGUCAACUACAACUGCUUAUCUUCAACAUGACUUCUUCAAUUGCAUGUGUCUGUGUGUUGAUAUAUAAACAAGAUUUCACUCCAUUUUGUAGUAAGUAGCAGCCUCUCUCAACACACUUCCUACUAGAAUACCAAGAAACAAUCACACAAACAUGGGACUCUUUGGAAGAAAAUUCAAGGCAUCAAAAGUUACAACACUGGCUAACCUUGCCAUUUCAAGGAUUGCCAUUCUCAAAAAUCAGCACCAGGUUAGGUGCUCACUAGCCCUUUCUGACGUUGCUCAACUGCUCCAUCUUGGUCGCCAAGGAGACGCCCUUCAUCGAGUUGAACAUGUUAUCAAGGAACAGAACGCUGUAGAUGCACUUGCAAUGAUGGAAAACUACUGCCAUCUCCUAAUAGAAAAAAGGGUGCUGAUAAAAACUCAAGGGGAAUGUCCUGAGGAGCUUGCAGAGGCAAUCUCAAGCUUGAUUUUUGUGGCUUCAAGAUGGGGAGAGUUCCCAGAGCUUCAUGAACUUCGGGAGAUUUUCACGUCAAGAUAUGGGAAUGAAUUUGCGGCUCAAUGUGUUGAAUUAAGAAAUAAUUGUAGCGUGCAGCCAAAGAUGAUACCCAAGCUAUCAAAACGUCACUCAGGAUCAGAGAAAAGAAAGAAUAUGCUUAAUGAUAUUGCUGCUAAUUGUGGUAUCACUCUGUGUGUAGAGGAUGAGACUUCUCACAUAUCACAAUCGAGGCCAGAGGUUAACAGUGAGAAUGACUGUGCUAAAGGUCAAGAGGGAUCUCAACAAGGCAUAGAAGCAGCUUCGGUUAUCAUAUUGGAGGAUAGUCAGAUAGUACAAAAUGCCUGAUGCUUCUCUAUCAGCAGCUAAUGCAAUAGCAGCACUAAGCAAGAAUUGUUUGGAUUUAUCCAAGCCUAACAAGGGAAAUCAUUAGGGCAUGGUUGACUGGAAAGCAUCUUUGCAAUCAUGCAACUGUAACGCGUUCGGAAGGGACAAAGUCGAGAACGGAUGCAACAGGGCUCAGCGAAAAAAAAAGCAUCCGCACACAAUGUUACAGGAAAACAACGAUAGAGCAGCUGCAUGCGACAGACCGGAAUGAACUGCUACCUCCAGCAUCAGACCCAUUGGUGCUGCAUCGAGUGCCUAGCUAGAGCUUCUUCACAUUCUUUUCUUAGAUAGGAAUUUGCUUGUUUGUGUGUGGUGCAGUUGGUUUUGGUUGCCGGGGGGCGGGGGUGUAAGGGAGUUGGCAGAGCUCUUAGCUUUAUGUUUAAACCAGAUCAUUUCUGCAGAUGGUUUAUGCGGACAGACAACAUGCGUAUAGAUAUAGAACAGUAAACAAUCACAUUCUUUCUGCAAAAUUUAGAGUUUGGGAGAUGAUACUUCUAUUGGAUAAAGAAAAUGUGCAAUUGGAUCUUCAAUCAGAUAGAUAAGUUAACAGCACGAAAUUUCUAUCCCUAUAUGAAAGUCUGUCAACCUGUAUAAGAAUAGGAAUAACACAUAAUCUAUAUAUAAUAUAAAGCUAUGCAUAGACAAUCCUAUGUGGCACC